AUGAUGGUCACCGAAUCGUACCAGGACACAGACAGAUUGAGUCAAUGUAUUCAUCACUUUAUCUCAGACAGAUAAUAUAUUGAUGGAAUAAGUGUGAGGAAAUGAAGAACGUCUGAGUGCCAGGCAUGAUGUGUGUGGCUUUGCAGGGCCGACAAACAGCGGAAAAUACUGUGCGGCAUCUACGAUGUCAUCAUGCGGCGCGGCCACCCCUUCCUGCUGCCCAUGCGCGCUGAUGGAGACCCCCGCGCACUUCUGUAUCGUCAUGCCGCUGUGCACAGGGCCGGAUCUCACCACCUGGCAAGCAUGAACCCAUGACCAUUUCAGAGGAUGACUGCAGGUAUCAUUGAUAGAAUCGGCUGGUGAGCCAUAGACAUUGCCUAGCCUGCGGUGUUUCUGUGUCUUUCGAUAUUUCCAGACGAAUAAUCAAGACUACGCUGACAGCCGUCUCUCACCUGCAUCGGAAUGGCGUAAGUGCGUAAGCACAGAAAGACACGUCAGCCGUCUGUUUGGUCAAUCAGGUAAUACAUCGUGAUGUGAAGACAGACAACAUCAUCUUUUUUGACGAGGGAGCGCACGACAUCGCCUUAUUCGACUACGAUGCCUGCAUCUUUGCCCAUGAUAAGGAGAUGAAGACAGCGGGCAUCGGCACUCCAAACUUCAUGGUACAUGCUCAUCGAUUGAGUGCCGAUGAUGGAGUCUUCUCUAUCUGCAUUUGCAGGCUCCCGAGGCGUAUGACGGCGUUUACACGUCAGCGUGCGACCUCUUCUCUUGCGGAUGUAUUCUAUUCUCGCUUUUACAUGGGUAUGAGGCAUUUGAUACCGCCGAAAUGUCGCUGGAGGAGGCCAAGAAAUCCAUCCAAGAGGUACAUGCAUGUCUUCGUGUCUCCAUGCGUCUGUGCCUCCUGCAAAGCCAGAAAGACACACACUUCUCUUUGCACUCAUUCAGGGAGCCACAAUCUCCCCAGAGGUCCAUGAGAAGUCGCCAGCCGCCGUCGACCUAUUGGAGAAACUUCUCAACGUUGACCCUGAGGAGCGACCGACUGGUGAGCCGUGCGGUAUGUGAUAUUCAUCCGAUGGUUCCACUGUGUGACUCCAGCCAUGGAAGCGCUCGACCAUCCCUGGCUUCAAGAUUGUCUUGUGCUGGAUACCGUUACCGAACGGGACUUCUUCCGGAGUAUGUGCUUUGUGCAAAGCAAUACAAUUAUCGUAGGGAGGUUGUUGUUUGUGGCUUUGUUGUGAACAGGGGAAUGCGAUCGCCUUGUUUCGGACAGGAUCAAGUACAGCUUUGCUCUGUGUCACCACCUCGAGGAGGCCAACGUAGGCGUUUGUGUUCCUGCUACGCACAUGGAUUUGCAUUUUGUAAUGGCUGAUGAUCAGGCGAAAUGUCAUCAGCUGGAAGACGAAGUAAGCCCACAGGUAAGACGAAGUGAGACAGGUACACACGACGUAUGUCUCUUGCGUCUCCACUCGCCAGGUCAUCGACGUUUCCAACCACCAAAAGUCGCGCUCGAGCGUAAGUGCAGUAGCGGGCAACCACGAGUGGCACAUAGGUCGUGGCCUUGUCUGUAUACGUUUUCAGGACGAGUCAAGUAGUUUGAAAACGUCGCAUACAAUCUCACCAAGCUGGUCGUCUGUCAGGAUUUUGAUCUGGAUGCCGACGCGGAGUGGACACCUGGCGUAUACACAUUCCACCACGCCGAGCAGGAAGCUCUUCUUGCGGCGUAUCAAGAGGCCAAGUGCAUAUUGAUCGCCUCAACACAUCCCAACGUUGUCAAGCUGGUCGGCGCCCGUAUCGACUUGCUCGGCCGGCAGAUUUUGAUGGAAUACGUAGAGGGGCAGAACUUGAGAGAUCACGUCAAUGGCAAAGGGGCUUUAGGGAUGAAGCAG